CCAAUGGAGAAUGGUGGCACAGCGUCAGAAGCGAAAAAGAUCAGGGGGGACGAUGACGUUGAGGGUAGAGAGGUCACCACGUCAGAAUGGGCCACUCUACGCAGACACGUGAGACAGUAUUGUAGCCGAACCUUCAGGUUACAGACUAUCGUCAACACGUUUCCAAUUGUCACGUGGUUGCCUAAAUACAAUUUUGAUACGCUGCAAGCCGAUUUCAUCGCUGGACUAACCGUUGGUCUAACUGUGAUACCCCAGGGUCUGGCAUAUGCCCAGGUUGCAAAUCUGCCUCCGCAGUAUGGGCUCUACACAGCAUUCAUGGGCAGUUUCGUGUAUUGCUUUCUGGGCACAUCCAAAGACAUGACUCUCGGACCUACAGCGAUCAUGGGGCUCCUGACUGGAACAUUCGGCACUGACCUAUUUCCAGAGGUACCAACGGAGCAGAAGGACGCCACCAUGGCCAUUACUCUGACAUUCAUGACCGGGGUUAUUCAGCUGAGCAUGGGAAUCCUCAAACUUGGUAUCUUGGUCAGUUUCAUCUCGCACCCGGUUAUCAACGCCUUCACGUCAGCGGCGGCCAUCACGAUUGCAUCAGGGCAGGUCAAAAACAUUCUUGGACUCAAGAAAAUCUCCAGCGAGUUUCUGCCCAUGGUCUACGAAACCUUGUCUAAGAUUCCCGACACGCGGGUUUGGGACCUGACGAUGGGACUUGUCUCUUUAGUGUUUGUCCUCCUGCUGAGGUUUCUGCGCACCAAGAAGUGGAACGAUGAGCCAGGCACCGCACCUUCUCGCACUGUCAAAAUAUGCAGGAAAAUUAUUUGGCUUGUUGGGACAGGUGGUAACGCCAUUGUAGUUAUCGCUGCCUCAGGAGUGGCAGCCGCCCUGGAAAGUCAAGGAAUCACAGACGCGAUUGGACUUACCGGAGACAUCAAACCUGGUCUACCAUCAUUUCAACCUCCCAAGUUUGAGAUUCAAGAUGGCAAUAACACAAUAUCUAGUUCUGAGAUUUUUUCUAAAAUUGGUCCUGGUUUGGCCAUUGUACCCCUGAUAUCCCUGGUGGAAACCAUGGCAAUAGGAAAAGCGUUUGCGAGGGUGAAUAACUACAAAAUAGAUCCGACCCAGGAAAUGGUGGCCAGCGGGGUCACAAACAUGUUGGCUUCUUUUGUCUCCUCUUAUCCCAUCACGGGCAGCUUCACCAGAACGGCUUUGAACUCUCAGACAGGUGUGCGGACACCCCUGGGUGGUAUAUUCACAGGUGCGCUGGUGCUGCUGUCGCUAGGAGUUCUCACCCCUUGGUUCUCCUACAUACCCAAGUCAGCACUGGCUGCUGUCAUCAUUGCUGCUGUCCUACAGAUGGUCGACUGUCGCAUUGUGCUCAAACUGUGGAAGGCCAACA